GCUUAUCUUAUAUUCGUCUGAUGGACAUAAUUUUGACAUCGUGCAAUAAGAAGACUCAUUUAAAAAUAAGUGAGAGAUGACAAAUUGCUGUCUCAUCGGGGAAAACCGUCAUUUUCUAUAUUUUUAAAUGCCGGUAUUAAAACUUCAUGAACAAGCUUGUUUAAAUCCCGAACCCCAACUGAUCUCCUUGUGUGUACUUAACCAAGAUGGCGUCGAAUGGAAAUUUCAUUGGUUGAGUCGGUCUGGAAAUUUCCUUCCUGUCCCCAUAGCUACAAAACGAAAACAGCGGGGUUAUCAACCCUCAAUCUAGCUGGGAGACCAUCUUUUCUGCACGAUUAUGGCACUUUACUUGACUCAAGAAAUUGAGUUGAGUAGAAGGCAUGAGGAGAUUUUGAGCAGGAGGGCAGCUCUGCUUCAGCAGAUGGAAGAUCGAUAUGAGAAGCAAAAGAGGAAGAAGCAGGCCUAUGCAGUGUUGUCAGAUGGUGCCCGUGAGAGAAAUGCUAAAAUUCUCAAGGAUUUGCAGGCAUUGGAAGACAGAUUAAGUGCAAGACCACUCCCACACCCUGACAUUGUAAACCUGGAGACACAAUAUUGGACAUCGGUGGAAGAGAAGGUUCCAGAAUGGGAGCAGUUUCUUUUAGGGAAAGUGCAUUCUUUUCCAAGUGCUCGGAUUCAUGCUGUUGGGAAAACAAAAGCGGAAAGAGCUAUGGCAUAGGAUGGAGAACUCGAGCAGCUCGCACUGAUAAGACAUCUUCUGUCAGAUACAUGGGUUACAAGCAGAGGACUUGCUGGUGUGAAGGAUGAAGGCUUCAUGUUGGAGAUUUCUGGGACAUCAGCAGUGAAGACAUUGAAGUGUGCAUGGACCAGUCUGAUCCAGACCAAGACUGAUCCAUGUAGGAUUCUGCUUUAGGGGUCUGGUCCAUGAGGUUUUUUUAUUAACUGAUGAUUUCUCUUGUCACAUGCUUGAAAGUGGUUAUGCGAAUUUAGGAGCAAUCUAAACUGCACCGUUGUUGUUGUUUGAGAGCAACACUUCAGGUACUAGAUUGAGGAAAGGUCAAUGAACAUGCAAAACACUUUAAUGUGAUCUUAUUUGCUUUGAUGUAGUCUGGCUGCCAUUACCUCUUUUUUUGUUGUUGUUCUUCUUUCUAAAGCUAGCGUGUGCUUUGGGUACUGCCUGCUCAAUCUGUGACUCUGUUCUGUAUUAGCCGUUCUAUGAGUUUAAGGGAAACCAGCUGGAGUGAGAUGGUAAUGGUAACUCUUCAGGGUCUUUAUUUGAGUUGUGUGAUUUCAGUAUAGUGACAACAUUAUGUGUCUAUGGGCAAGGGAUGUUUAGGCAGUGUAAGAUGGAGUUCCUCAACCAGCUUCGGAGUAGAAUAUAUACAUGUAUGAACUGCUCAGUGGUUAUAUUGUUGGGGUAUGGCUGCUGUCCAGUACUGUAUAAAACAUUGUUUUCAGUCUUCCGUGAUAGGCCUAAAUCAGCAAACAGUGAGUUCUUGCCUCCUUAGAUUUGGCAUUGACCAGGCAAGAGAAGGCUCUGCUAAGGUAUAUACAGUAUAUUUUCCAAUAUUGAUUAGUUAAUUUGAAAUCCCAGACAAAGCAAAACGGGGCUCGUGCUUUACCAGCUUCCCUGUGAGGCAGCUGAUUGUCUUCCUGUCUUUCCUGCUUGAGAAGGUGAAAUUAAUUCUUUUUACUGUUUCUUGUUGUCUUGUUUUCCAGCCAUUCUUUUACCCAGAGUGUUGGUGCUUUGUGGAAGGUUCCACUUUUUAGCUGCAAUCAAUAGAGUUGAGGCAAAAAUUAGGAUGGCUUUUGAAGAGGACUGGUCUGUGGUGGGAAUGGGAGAAGUGUUGCCAUUUCGACCAGGUCAGAUGGGUUGGAAAUAUUCUAGUGGCUUCAAUGCAAGUUUGCUGGCUGUCAGAUGUCAUCAAGUUAGGCCAGGUCUAGUUGUGAUGCCCUGUUAUGAGUGUUUCCCAUUUUGUUGUGGAGUAGCUGUAGUCCUAGUCAUUGUAUGUCUUUAUCAGGUGGGAACAUGGCUCUCCCUGUACAGACCUGUGUAGGAGAGUUAAUGUAGUUGCUUUUCCAUUGUGAAGGCUUCCUGUAAAUACCUUUUGAAGCCUAAAAUGUGAAACCUGGAGUAAUUUCUCUCCUGAAUAAGUCAUAUUCAAGACCUUCUUAGAUCAGGAACACAAGCACAUUGGUGGCGUGUAGAAAUACUUCCUUCUUUGUGGGAGUGAAACCCUCAGUGUUCUGCUCAAGGAUUCUGGGAACUGUUUGUGUCUGGGUUACACAGGUGCUUGCUCUUGUGGGUAGCUCAAAAAGCCAGAGUUGCAACUACUCAGCCAGCUAUUAAGUGUUACCAUGGAGGACAUCAGUCCUACAGUCAUCUGCAGCUAGUGACACAUCAUAGCUUCAAACCAGAAAACAUAGUCCCACAGAUUCCAAAUUUAUUUUAACAAGCUGUUUAUUUUUGCAAUAGAAAGAACUUUUGAAUGAACGUGGGUUUUGACUUCUGCUGGUUUAUCCUGUCUUGUUCUUGCCAUUGCAUAGCUCAACAGAAAUGCUUAGGCACAUUUGGCUGGAUGAGGCUGAGCCUUCCUCACACAAGAGGACUUUGCUGCCUUGUCAUAAUUCAAGUUGUCUGUUCAUGGAAGCAUUAGUCAUAUUAAAGGGGAAUUCAGGAAGAAAUUCUAAAGGAAAUGAUUGUUGUAUAUUUCCUCUUAGUUUACGAUGUUGUUUAGCAAGAAAUUGUAAUUUAAUAUGGACAAUUAGAAUGUAUUCUUCAAAUGUGUAUGUUUGUCUGAAAUGUGCCAGAAUGUGAAAAAUAUUAUUGCUUCUCCCAGUCAUAUUUAUAUCAUUUGUCUAUGGAAUUGUUUGCAUUUAGUUUAGAAAUAACAGUUCAACCCCCCCCCCCCUUUUUUUUGCAUGUUGUCAGUCUUUCAUUUUUAAAAUAUGUGCUACAUUUCUUGUAUUAUAUCUGCUUUCUUUUAUAAUGUUUACUUUACCUUAAGUGUAGAGUCUGAAACAUAGAUAUUUUUGUUAAAAAAACUAUUGCUAUGCUGGGAGUUCUGCACUCAUAUUGCAAUCAGUGCUUUCUGAUGCUAUGUCUUGGCUUGCAGGACAUGCCAAAAGCAUCAAGGGACUUGGAACUGCAGAGUUGUGAAUAAUCUGCAAUGUGUUGAUUAUAUCUGAAUUAGUACAUAAUUAAAAAAUAGAUCUUUUAGUUUUAAUGAAAG